AUGUCUUCUUUUAAGGAAGUUGAUCCUCCUACAUACGAAGAAGCACAACUCCAAUCCCAGGAGAAUAAUCAUCCACAAGAUGGUGCGCGGCUUCUACAUGAGGCUCCACCACCUCUUCCUCGUCGAACGCCGACUAGAAGAAGGCCUCCACUACCUGAAAGAAGGCCAGUCGAGGAGGAGGCUGAAGAUACAUCAACUGAAGUGCAGAGUGAUCAGAACUUCUGGAAGUUCCAUAUCCAAUGCUUUGGCGAUGACAUGUACCUCAGCACGAACCCUACUAUGAGACACUUGCAGUGUCGAAGUCUACCUGGGUACUUUAUGAGUGUGGAUAAGGAAGAAACCGGGUUUACUAUCAACUUUGAAGAGUUCGAAUCUGGGAACCUGAUUAUGAGGUUCAAGAAGCUAGAGGAUGGUAGCUUCAAGUACAAGGUGAGAAGAACAAGGAAAAUAGAGGGUGGAGAGAUAGUCUUGCUGGACGAGACUAGCCCUGUAUUUGAAGGAACCAUCGAUCCAAGACGAAUUGAUCCUCAGUACUACCCAAUCCAACCACCUUUUCAAAUGAAAAGCUUCGAAGUGCAAGCUAUAGACGGAAGGCGAUGGGACGUGGGCGCCAUCCCUCGGGUGAAGAUGAAAUGGUCAUUAUCAAAACGAUCCGAAUACCCAAAGUACGUCGGCAAGCAGAAUAUUUAUUUCCACCGCAACUUCAAGACAAAGAACCUUCACAUGCAAGAAGAAGAGUUCCCUCCAGUGACAGCGUUGUUUCGUCCUUGUGAAUCAAAGAUCAGGAAACGAGCCAUGCAAUCGAUAAAUCGGCUUCUGAGGUUGGACGAAGAGAGCAAGAUCAGUCCUCAAAUGGCGCAGGUGGACCCUUUUGCUGAACAAAAGUCGUAUUUUAAAUGCGGCGACGGGCUCUAUGAAGAGAAUUUUCCCAAAGAUGAUGAUCCAGAUCACCAUUUUAAACUCGGUUGGGUUACAGUUUUCGAGGAUAAAGACCUUUUUAACAAAAGCGGCAUGUUUGAUUUGGUGGUUGGAGCUACUACAACCCUAGCCUACGAUCAAGAAGUGCAAAAGCGAUGGAAAAAACUAUAG